AUGGUCUUAGUUAUUCAAGAACAAGUUUCUCUGAAGAUAAGUAAUUUUAACUCAUUUUGCUCUAUUAUCUGUUGUCCUCAGAUGGAAGACAACCGAAGAGGAAACAACUCCUUGAUCACUUAUGUGGUCUUGCUGGGCUUUGGAAACCUGAAAGAAGUCGGGACGGCCCUUUUCGCUUUCUUCUUAAGCCUCUAUGUCGUCACAGUGUGUGGCAACCUGCUGCUGAUACUUGCCGUCCAGACCAGCCCACGCCUUCAUACUCCAAUGUACUUCUUCCUGUGCCAUUUAUCCUGUGUGGAUGUUGGAUAUACAAGCAGCAUUGCCCCUCCACUGCUGAGGGAGGUGUUAGCUGGGGGUGUCACAAUCUCCUUUACUGCCUGUGUGGUGCAACUCUAUGCUGUUGGAGCCCUGCUCACUGUAGAAUGUUUCCUCUUGGCCAUAAUGUCUUAUGACCGCUACUUGGCCAUUUGUUGGCCCCUGAGAUAUUCAGUACGUAUGGACAGUAGAACUUGUGUCAAGCUGGCUGUCGGAUCAUGGAUCGGUGGUUUUCUCUUUGUGGGAGCUGUGCUAGUAUUGCUUGCCACAUUAACCUUCUGCGGUCCCCAUGUCAUUGACGAUUUCUUUUGUGACUUCUUCCCAUUGGUAAAACUCUCCUGUACGGACACUGUAAUGGUGGAGAAAGUGGCCUUUGCUUCAUCAUUUCUAUCCCUGUCUCCUUUCCUUUGGACCUUGUUAUCUUAUGGUUUCAUUCUGUCCUCCAUCUUAAGAAUUUCUACUUCUAAAGGGAGACACAGAGCCUUUUCCACCUGCUCCUCGCACUUGAUUGUGGUGAGUGUGUUUUAUGGCACCAUGGUGGUGGUAUACAUGACACCUGCAUCAGGAACAACACUCAAUCUGAAUAAGAUUUUCUCACUUCUCUACACAGUACUCACACCCCUUCUCAACCCCUUAGUGUACAGCUUGAGAAACAAAGAUGUCCAAAUGGCUCUGAAGAAAGGAGCAAAACCAGCCUGUUCAUGA